AGCAAGGGACUGUUCUGUCCAGUAUUUCAGCUUUUCAAUUUUUCUCAGAACUUAUUUUUCUUGGUCUUUGGUCCAAAAUGAAUGCCAUGUGUCCUUUACUUUUUGUGAUUACAUUUGUACAAUUAGUAUUCACAGCACCAGCUAAUAAGGAAGAUCAAUUUCAUGUGCAUUAUUUGGAUGUGGAUUCUCUUGGUGCAGAACUUGAUUAUGAAUAUGAAGAUGAACCACAAGACAUAAAACAAGUACAGUUAAAAGAAGUUACCACCUCAAAGCAUGAUGAUACUGACACAAACCAUGAAGUGGAAGUUUCACGUUUUAUCAGGUCCCCAACAAUGGAGCCGGAAUCAGAUAAUUCACCUGCUGACAUGCCAACCUGCCUUCUGUGUGUCUGCCUAACUGGUUCUGUAUACUGUGAUGAGACUGAAACUGAAGAAAUUCCAAUUUUGCCAAAGGAAACAUCAUACCUUUAUGCACGGUUCAACUAUAUUAAAAAGGUCACUGUAAAAGAUUUUGCCGAUUUCCCAACUCUGAGAACGAUUGACCUGUCUGGAAACGAAAUUACUGAAAUAGAAGAUAAGGCCUUUGCACAACUUCCACUAUUGGAACAUUUGACACUUUCCGAAAACAAACUGAUUCGCCUGCCUGCUUUACCACCAAAACUUGUAACAUUGAAUGCACAAUACAACCGCAUCAAAAGCAAUGGAAUAAAACGCAAUGCUUUUAAGAACUUGGCCAGACUGCAAUAUCUUUACCUAGGAUACAAUCAACUGGACAAAGUACCUGCUAACUUACCUCAGAGCAUCCGCAUACUUCAUUUACAGCAUAACAAUAUAUCUUCCAUUACGGAUAGUACAUUUUGCAAGCCCAUGGAUGCCAGUUAUAUCCGUAAUCAGCUGGCUGAGAUACGACUUGAAGAAAAUCCUAUCAAUUUGGCAGAAUACCCUAACAGCUACAUCUGCUUGCAUAGGCUGCCUAUUGGGAGGCCAUAUUUUGGGAGAAUACAUUAAUCCUGAAAAAUGUUAACCCUUAAUCAGAAACUACUUAAAGGUUAUGGGAGAAUACCAGGGUAAAUUCAUGGUUAGAGCAUUGUACCCGUGAACUCUAUAGUAUUAUACUCACAUCAUACCAACACCCUUAUAUUUAACAAGACACUGCUUUUCCUAAAUAGAAUUUAAUACCCAAGUUUUAUUUCAUGCCACUGGAAAACUCAUAAUUGAUUUACUGCAAAAAUAAUGCAACUGCAAGUUUUUAAACUCUAUUUACAUUCGAUUACAAAGUUACACAUAUUACUGUUUGACUUUUAAUUUCUGAAAUACAAUAUUCUAUUGAACGACAUUUAAUUCUAUCAAGGUAAUGUGAACUCAACAUAGUUCUUCGUGUAACCAUUUCACAAUAAUGCAGCUGCACACCACUUACAAACAUGAACUUUCUCUACAUGAUUCUAUUUAUUCAAAAAAAGAGAAUCUACAGAAACAGUUUUGUACAUAUAUUUUAAAUAAAACAAGUCAUACAGUUUCAAAAACAGAAUCCUAUUAAACUGUAAUUAUAGCCAUUAGAACAAAUCACUUAAUUUAUCUCCUUUCCAAUAAACUUACACUCUAUGAUUUAUAUCACCAUAACCUUCUAAAUCAUAAAUAUUAUAUAAUACAUAGGAACUACAACUUGGACAUUGUAUGCCUGAGAAAACCUACAAUAAAUAAUUUU